CGAUGAGGCCAUGUGAUGCUGGGCGCCAGCGAGCCGCCGCCGAGCCGCCUUCUUCCUCCUCCGAUCGCGGGCUGUCAUGGCGACCCCCAACAACCUGACCCCCACCAACUGCAGCUGGUGGCCCAUCUCGGCCCUGGAAAGCGAUGCAGCCAAGCCGGUGGAGGCCCCCGACGCACCCGAGGCGUCCAGCCCCGCCCAUUGGCCCAAGGAGAGCCUGGUUCUGUACCACUGGACCCAGUCCUUCAGUUCGCAGAAGGUGCGGUUGGUGAUCGCCGAGAAGGGCCUGGCCUGCGAAGAGAGGGACGUCAGCCUGCCGCAGAGUGAGCAUAAGGAGCCCUGGUUUAUGCGGCUCAACCUGGGUGAGGAGGUGCCCGUCAUUAUCCACCGGGACAACAUUAUCAGUGACUAUGACCAGAUCAUUGACUACGUGGAGCGCACCUUCACAGGAGAGCACGUGGUGGCUUUGAUGCCCGAGGCGGGAACCCCACAACACGCUCGAGUGCUGCAGUACCGGGAGCUGCUGGAUGCACUGCCCAUGGACGCCUACACCCACGGCUGCAUCCUGCACCCAGAACUCACCACGGACUCCAUGAUCCCCAAGUAUGCCACGGCCGAGAUCCGCAGACAUUUAGCCAAUGCCACCACAGACCUCAUGAAACUGGACCAUGAGGAGGAACCACAGCUCUCUGAGCCCUACCUUUCCAAGCAGAAGAAGCUUAUGGCCAAGAUCCUGGAACACGAUGACGUGAGCUAUCUGAAGAAGAUCCUUGGGGAGCUGGCUAUGGUGCUUGACCAGAUUGAGGCAGAGCUGGAGAAGAGGAAACUCGAGAAUGAGGGGAAGAAAUGCGAGCUGUGGCUCUGUGGCUGUGCCUUCACCCUGGCGGACGUCCUCCUGGGAGCUACCCUGCACCGCCUCAAGUUCCUGGGACUGUCCAAGAAAUACUGGGAAGACGGCAGCCGGCCCAACCUUCAGUCUUUCUUUGAGAGGGUCCAGAGACGCUUCGCCUUCCGGAAAGUCCUGGGCGACAUCCACACCACACUGCUCUCGGCUGUUAUCCCCAAUGCAUUCCGACUGGUUAAGCGGAAGCCACCGUCCUUCUUUGGGGCAUCCUUCCUGAUGGGCUCCUUGGGUGGGAUGGGCUACUUUGCCUACUGGUACCUCAAGAAAAAAUACAUCUAGAGCUGGGCUGGGGCCUGGUGUGUGACUGGCGGUGUCUCUGUGCUGUGUGCUUCCCAACUCCCUCUCAGUAAUUCACUGUCCUAUGAGCACUGGACAGAACGUCCUGCCCCUUCUUUCUAGUCAUUGUAUUGUCAGUGUGACAACAUUUCAUAGUUUAGAAGUAGACAUUGCCAACGCCAUGAUUUGAGGCCACGGCUCUACCAGAGGAGAGAGAGAGAAAGCGAGAGAAAAGAAACCCAAAUGACUUUGCUUCUGAUUCAAGGUCUCAAGACAUUUCUGUGGGGACUGGUUAGGAUCUGAGGGACCUCUUCUAUAGGACAAAGCCAACACCGAGAUUCAACUCAUCUAACCAGUACCUCUGUCUGGGACUGGAGAGCCAGAGUCCCUGUGCGAGGCCUCUGAAGAUCGAAAGGGGUCUCGUUCUUCUCCUGGACAAGGACUCAGUGAGACAGCACUGGCUCAAGCCAAGCAGUGGCACCCCAAAACCCAUCUAUGGCUGGGACCAACUAACUCCAUGGGCACACCCUUCACCCACUCCCUCAUUGGUCACCUGGUGCGGUUUGGCACUUAAGUAGAAAUUCCCGAAAGCAGCAGCCAUCAGCCAGCCACUCCUCCUUUGAGCUGAGUUCUCCUCCUUCAAGGAGAGCAAAAGCCAUGUUGGCCUUCCGUCCGAAGGCUGGUCUCAGCUCACGAGCAGGGAUGCACACUUCACCUCCGAAGGUCGGUCUCAGCUCACGAACAGGGGUACAUCCCUCACCACCUCCGCCUUUCCAUUUUUUAUGGAGACUCCCCAUACUGCAUGCAGUGGGGUCUCUCCCCCACACUGCCCCUCCCCGGGUCUCACUUUCCUGUGCCUUUUGCAUGUUGGGAAAGGGUCUGGGUGUCACUGCCACUCAUGCUUAGAGCCCCCAAUAAAGCAUCCAGGAGGA